AAAAUGGAGGCAGGAAGCUUCAGCGUCUGCUUCUGAGCAUGCUCAGCUCCUUCGAGCAUGCUCAGAUGAGGCAAGGGGUGAGUUUUUGAGGAGACCGCAAUUGUACAACGCACCACGCCGGCUUUCGUGCUCCCGCCUGAGGCUGGCUGGUGGCCGGCCAGGCAAGUCGAGAAAAUAAAGGAUGCCGAAGAAAAAGACAGGUGCUCGCAAGAAGGCUGAAAAUCGUAAAGAACGUGAGAAACAGAUCAGAGCUUCAAGGGGCAACAUCGAUCUGGCUAAACAUCCCUGCAAUGCUUCAAUGGAAUGUGACAAAUGUCAAAGACGGCAGAAAAAUAGAGCCUUUUGCUACUUUUGUAACUCUGUUCAAAAGCUGCCUAUUUGUGCCCAGUGUGGAAAGACUAAGUGUAUGAUGAAGUCUUCAGACUGUGUCAUAAAACAUGCUGGUGUGUACAGCACUGGGCUUGCAAUGGUGGGGGCAAUAUGUGAUUUCUGUGAAGCUUGGGUUUGCCAUGGCAGGAAAUGCCUUAGCACCCAUGCCUGUAUUUGUCCUCUUGCUGACGCAGAAUGCAUUGAGUGUGAGAGAGGUGUCUGGGAUCAUGGAGGCAGAAUAUUCAGCUGCUCUUUUUGCCAUAAUUUCCUGUGUGAAGACGAUCAGUUUGAACAUCAGGCCAGCUGCCAGGUUCUGGAAGCCGAGACUUUUAAAUGUGUUUCCUGUAAUCGACUUGGGCAGCAUUCAUGUCUUCGUUGUAAGGCCUGUUUCUGUGAUGAUCACACACGGAGCAAGGUUUUCAAACAUGAAAAGGGAAGACAGCCACCCUGCCCAAAGUGUGGGCAUGAAACGCAGGAGACCAAGGACCUCAGCAUGUCAACACGCUCUUUGAGGUUUGGCCGUCAGACAGGAGGUGAUGACGCUAAUGGAGCUUCUGGCUAUGAUGCUUAUUGGAAGAACCUUUCUGCUGGCAAAGAUGCAGGAGAUCGUGAUGAGGAGUAUGAUGAAUAUGAAGCAGAGGAGGAUGAAGAAGAGGAUGACAAUGAAGACGGUGGGAGGGAUUCAGAAACAGAGCCAGCUGAUGUGUUCAGUAACUUGAACUUGGGAAGGACCUAUGCUAGUGGCUAUGCACACUAUGAGGAGACUGCUGACUAAGGCUGUAGGCCCAAGCAUGCUUAACAAACGAAAGUCCUCCCGAUCAUAGUGGUGCUUUGGGUAAACAUACUAAGGAUCUGCCUGUAAGCCAUGCUUAGAGUGGAAGUAGAAUUUGAGAGGAACUCUGUGUCUGUUUAGUAAAUUUUAUAUAGGACACCGAAAUAAUUAGGCUUGCUUAUUAGAAAUCAAAGGGAAUGGAGCAGUUGCAGAUGAUCAAGAAAAAUGGUAUGGCUAGAAGGUUUGGAGAAGAAAAAGGCCAUGGAUUUACAUUGGUUCUGGGAAGUUAAUGCUCUCUUCACAGCAAGAGUCAGAAGUGCAAAAAGAGUAUGGCAUUUUCUGUUUCCAUGUGUUCAUCAGAAAUGAAAUUAUUUCCCUUGUGUAAUUUUAUGGUGGGUUUUGUCAUCAUGUUACAUAAAUUACAUAAGUAUUGGUGACAAUGGGACAUCUAUAAUUUUUAUAUAUUGGAAGCUGUCUUCUGUGAAAACUAGAUCUUUUUGCAUACAUAUUGAACUAGCCUGACCACAUGGGGAAAAUGCUUGCCACAACAGUUGUAUUUUUAAAAAAGGAAAUUAACUUUACUUUGACAUUUUUAUCAAGACCAAUUGAUAUAUUCUCUUACAAAGCACUUCUAGAGCAUUACCAGUCCUUCCCUUUUGAAUACUAUACACAAUUAUAGAGUUUACAACAAUUUGCAGUGACUAAAAUAAACUUUUGAUAUAUUUGUCAUUAUUAAAAUAUGCAUCUUCCUUACCUGAAUAAAGGCCAUUGCACUCUUUCAUUCCAAA